AUGACGUUGGGGACGAGGUGGAUGGUCGUCGGUGUGAGGUCGGAGAUUGUGGUGUACCGAGCAAGCUCGAUAGAUGCGAAAGGGCGUGGCGGGAUCGUGGCCAGCUUCAGAUCGGAUAGUCACUCGUCGACGGAUCGUCUUGCAGAGGCUGCAAUGGCGACACCGGAUGCCAAGGCUUCAACGUCCGACGAUCCAUGGCAAGAUAUUACAGCUUUGGAAGCGCUCGACAGAGAGGCUAGCACGGUCGCUGUCGGGUAUGCAAACGGCUGCAUUCAGGUCAUCGCGGUCAGACCUGAGGGGGAGAAGGGCAGCAUCCAGAUGCAAUUGUUGCAGAAUUUUCCAUCGGCACGACAACAAGAGGUCGCAGGGAUCUCGACACAAGCAAGCAGAAUGCAACUCAACUCAGCCGUACAGACCCAUGGGUAUCCUCAGACCGAUACACAUCUCAUAGCAUCGAUCACAAAACGGGGUUGCCUCCGGAUACACCAGUUCGCAUCUCGGGACCAGCAGGAUUCUUUAACGCAUCUGGACCACGGAUGUUGCUGGGAAAUCGACUCGGAAGGUGAAGCAACUCGAUCAGAUCCGAACGCUUCGACCCCUGCUGACACGUCCGGUGCCAACACGCCGCCGAGGACGAACUUUCGCAGCGCCGCGUUCAACAAUGCGCCGCUGCUACCCGCUCAAGACGCUGUGACUGGGUCGGGAACUGCGACGCGUGCUUGGUCCGUCUUGCUUGGUAGCUGUGACACACAGGCUCACGGGUCGACGUUGACAUGGGUCGCGGUGGGCAUCACGGCCGAGCAUGCGGUGUACAUCUAUCCCCUUUCUCAGGGCGACGGUGGGAUCGGCUUGCGGGAGCCGUUCCGUGUGGCGUCGACGGGACAGCGUACUUCGGUGUAUGCAAUGGCCACUCCUCCACCAGAGUCUAGCUUGCCUGGCUUUCUGCUGUUCGUCGGAUUUUACGAUGGCGUGGUCAGGGUGUACGACACGCGUCAGCUGCGAGCCGAUUCCGAAGGAGGUUCGUGGGACAUGAACGAUCUCAGAGAAGCAUUGCCCAUGAGUGACGCACCAUCACGUCGUCGCAGGAUCAACCGUCAGUUGGACCCAAUAGCCAUAUGGAGGGAAGAGUACGAUACCGACGCCAUCUACAGUCUCAGCUUCGGCGGCCCGAAGUCGACGGUGAUGGUGGUAGGUGGUGCGAGACACGCCAAAGUGAGGGUUUUCGACAUCGGCGUGCUGGCGGGCUACGAUGUGCCGCUGUUGGGUGAAACAGGCGGAAAGAGGUGGGACUGGACAGGGUUUGCGCUGAGAAGCACGGAUAGUCCCGUGUAUGGAGUAGCGGGGCAAGCGGAUAGGGUGGUCGGUGUCACGGAUAGGAAGAUUUGGUGGUUAGAUUUUGGAAGGCCGGUUUUGGAGGAGGAUGGGGAAGGAGCAGGAGGGGGAGGGGAGGAGCAGCAGGUGGCGUACUUCAGACACAGUGAUGGUGGGCUGUGUUACUCCAGCCCGAUGUACCGGUAG